CAUAACACAAACCAAUUUAUCUAUACUUCCAAACCAUUUUUUUCUUAUAUGAUUGUUAAAUUCUUUCUCUCUAAAAUAACAUAAACAUGAAUUCAAUUUUCUAUGUUUUAGUACUAGUUCUUAUUCUUCAAAAUCCUAUUGUAACACAAUGCCACACCAAAGGUCUUCGACCAAAACCUAAUAAUGGAAUUGCAAACUCUGCAAACAUGACCAAAGUUCAAGAAUCAGAACAACAGUUCAUGAAAUGGGUGAAAUUCAUCGGUGCUCUCGAUCACACCGUCUUUCGAACAGCGAAAAACAAGCUUUUUCCUUCUUAUACUCUCAAUGUCUAUAAGAAUUCCAGAAAAGGAGGGUUCUCAUCAAUUCAAUCAGCCAUUGAUUCUCUUCCAUUCAUCAACCUUGUUAGAGUUGUCAUCAAAGUUCAUGAAGGUGUUUACACAGAGAAAGUUUACAUUCCUCCAUUGAAAUCAUUCAUAACAAUACAAGGAGCAGGUGCAGAUAAAACAAUUGUUCAAUGGGGUGACACUGCUCAAACACCUAAUCCUGGUGCAAAAGGACAAACACUAGGAACCUAUGGUUCUGCAACUUUUGCUGUUAAUUCACCUUAUUUUAUUGCUAAGAACAUCACAUUCAAAAACACUGCUCCAAUUCCAGCACCAGGAGCAGUUGGAAAACAAGGUGUGGCAUUGAGGAUUUCAGCUGAUAAUGCAAUAUUUCUUGGAUGCAAAUUUUUAGGUGCACAAGAUACACUUUAUGAUCAUCUUGGUAGACAUUAUUACAAAGAUUGUUACAUUGAAGGAUCCGUCGAUUUCAUAUUCGGCAAUGCGCUCUCUCUUUUCGAGGGUUGUCACGUGCAUGCAAUAGCAGAGAAUACAGGGGCAGUAACAGCACAAGGAAGGAGCAGUAUAUUAGAGGACACGGGAUUCUCAUUUGUACACUGUAAGGUCACGGGAUCAGGAGCACUAUACCUUGGAAGGGCUUGGGGUCCUUUUUCUAGAGUUGUCUUUGCUUAUACAUACAUGGACAAUAUCAUCAUUCCCAAAGGAUGGUAUAAUUGGGGUGAUCCCAAUCGAGAAAUGACUGUAUUCUAUGGACAAUACAAGUGCACAGGACCAGGAGCAAGCUAUGCAGGGAGGGUAUCAUGGUCAAGAGAACUCACUGAUGAAGAAGCUAAACCUUUUAUUUCACUUAGCUAUAUUGAUGGCUCUGAAUGGAUUAAUUCAGUCUUUUGAUUUUAGAGAAAAUUUGCUUGUUUUCUCAUGGCACAAAUUUUUUUAUGUAAAAAUUCCAUAAUAAUAAUAAUAAUAAUAAUAAUAAUAAUAAUAAUAAAGAUAACAAUAACAAUAAUAAUAAUAAUAUGUAUAUACACUACUCCCUUUGUUUCAAUAUCCUUGUAAGCUUUAUGUAAAUAAAUGCAGUUAGAUUGAGAAUUAAUCACGAGAGAACUUAGUUUCAAUAUCCUUGCAAGCUUUAUAUAAAUAGAAAAGUAGAUGAAAUGAAUCGGAAAGGGGGUGUGAAUUUUAUGUCCUAUAAGGAGAUAUUCAAAGUAGUCAUCAAAUAGAUGUACUCAAAUUUGAGGAAGAUAUGAAAGGUUAUGUGUGUGCUGAUAUCUUUUUUUAACAUAUAGUAGAUGAAUCUAUAGUUAUAAUAGAAGAUGAAGUAAGAGAGUAUGUUGAAUUUGUACAUGAACCAAUAAAUAUUGACUCGAAUUAUGAGGUUUAAGUUAAGAAGGGGGGAAUGUCCAAGGUGAGCAGAGUGAAAAUGUAAAUGUUUAGCAGAUGGAAGAAGUCCAGAUUGAGGAGAAGGAAGAAGUCCAGUUUGUGAAUAGGAUAAAUCCAUGUUGAGGAGAUAUAAGAAGUCUAUGUUGAUGAGGGGGAAUAAGUCCAUUUUGAGGAGAGGGAAGAAGUUCAAAUUUAGAAAAGUGAAUAUUCGUUAAACAAAUGACUCCAAACACAAGGUUGAGGUGAAUUGUGUGGGUUUGAAAAUGAUGUCCAAAUUAAAUUAUUUGAUAAAAUAUGAGUUUAAAAUAAAUUUAUAAAACAAUAGAAAGAUAAGCAUCGAAAUAAAGAAAAUCGGACAUAAGGAAAUGCAACAGAACUAAAUAACAAAAAUGUACAGAGAUAAUGGAAGAGAAAGAUGCACUA